CGCCCGCGCCAACUGGCUUCGGAGCUGGUCGCAUGUGUCUCGUUGUAUAUAUGUACUCAAGGCUGUAGGGAAAAUCGCGGAUUGGUGUUGAUUUCGGGAGAAAGGGUCGUCUGUGUUGAGCCGCAGUGCUGGCGACACUUGGUUCAGGUCGUUUGUGUUUGCCGGUGGUUUUCUCUGUGCGCUUCGUUUCUUUUGGUUGAUUACGCGCGAACGGGAUUUGGAGUUUAACAGUGUUCAACGCGUAAUUGAGCGCUUCACGGCUGCUUAAAGUGAAUUUCUAAGUUCCUUAUUGUUGUGUUAUUUUCAGUUGCGUUUAAAGUGGUUUCAUCGGGUUCUUCCUCGUUUGGCGAAAGACGAAAAUUUCGUUUGUUUAAUCCAUGAAGGCUAAACGUUUUGCGAACAAUAUUUAGAUAUCGGAGGCAAAGACGCGUUUGCCGUUGCUUGCAUCGCUGGAUCAAUUAAAUUUAAUUGAAGUCAAUUACACGGUCUUUGUAAACUCGUUCGAUUCUGAUUCGAUUCGACAGUUCGGCUGCUUACUAAAAGUGCCAGUGGAUUCAUUGUAUAAUUCGUUGGCUUUUUGUGAACAUUGAAUUGUCCGUUGGAGUGCACAUAACUGACAUGAAAUCGUGAAUUGGGACAAUAUUCAGAGUCGGGACAACACUGAUUUGCUUUAUAACUGCGGCUGUAUUACCAUUUUCUGAUCCAAGCAUGGCAGACGAAAGCCUCCAUGUGCCUUCGGCCGAGCAAAAUAUAGAUUUUCACAUCAUUACUUUAUUUGAGCGUCUUGAGACGAUACGAAAGGAUCGUUCGUUGAUGCAAACAAUUGGAGCUCGGCUGUCGAGUUCGUCGGCGCAGGGGAAGAGAAGCAUGCAAGCAGAGAUUCGUACUUUGGAGUUUUGGCGGUCAAUAAUAUCAGAAUGUGUAGCUUCAUUUUUCUAUGUAUUUAUUGUAUGUGGAGCAGCAGCUGGAGCUGGAGUGGGAGCUAGUGUUUCGUCUGUACUUCUGGCAACAUCACUUGCUUCAGGAUUUGCGGUUGCUACGUUAACACAAUGCUUCAUGCAUGUUUCAGGUGCUCAUAUUAACCCGGCCGUCACUUUUGCUUCAUGUAUUAUACGUGCACUGUCACCUUUGCGAGCAGCAAUGUACAUAACUGCACAAUGUGGUGGAGGUAUUGCUGGUGCAGCGCUACUCUACGGCGUAACGGUUCCAGGCUAUCAAGGAAAUUUACAAGCGGCGAUAUCACACAGCGCAACAUUAGCGCCUUGGGAGCGUUUCGGCGUUGAAUUCAUCUUAACCUUCAUUGUCGUGCUCUCCUAUUUCGUAUCUACCGACUCUUUCAAAAAGUACCUGGGAAAUACACCAUUAACUAUCGGAGCAGCGUACAGUGCAUGCAGUUUUGUCUCGAUGCCUUAUCUUAACCCAGCUAGAUCGCUUGGGCCUUCUUUUGUUCUGAAUAAAUGGGACAAUCAUUGGGUAUAUUGGUGCGGACCACUUGUUGGCGGCGUUGUUUCUGGAAUCGUCUAUGAAUAUGUAUUCAACUCGAAACGUCAUCUUAGAAAGAGCAAAGAUCAUUUGGACAAUGAUUCGUUAAGCAUCCAUUCAGAGGAAGAAAUCAACUGUGACCUGGAGCUAGAAAAGCCAAACAUGCAAAAUCCGAAAUUCCAAGGGUCUACGUAUCGUUCACCUGCGAAUACGUUAGGGCAGCAUGGGGGCUAUUGUCAGAAUCUUUAUACGACAGCUCCGCUUACCAAAUUAGAUCAGGGAGAACCACUAUAUGGGGGUACCAGGUCCCUCUACUGCAGAUCGCCUCCGCUUACAAGGGGGAAUUUGAAUCGAUCGCAAUCAGUUUACGCAAAAAGCAAUACGGCGAUAAAUAGAGAUCUGCUUCCGCGUCCCGGACCGCUCGUUCCAGCACAAAGUUUAUAUCCAAUUCGUGCCACUCAAACUCAAAGUUCACAUCUACAAAAUCAGAAUGUCCAAAAUCAACUCCAGCAGAGAUCAGGCAGUUUAUAUGGUAUUCGCGGUUCAACACGACAGAAUCAAAGUGUACCGAUGCAACAGCAUCAACAACAUCAAGCGCAACAGCAACAACCACCUCAAGAACGCCCAACACAAGACGUGUCAGCAUUCCAACCGAUCUAUGGUACUCGGCAUAAUCCCGCACCAAAUGAUGGCAUGAAAUAUGACGCGCGUGAAGAAUCUUCAAAAUAUAUGCGGCCAAAUCGACCGGAAUCGAUGUAUGGAACGAACGGACAUCGUGCCCAAGCUCCAUCAGCACAAUCAGAUGACAGUUCAUAUAGCUCUUAUCAUGGAUCGGCCAUUUUACCCGCUACACGCAAUCCUGCUAUUGAUAACAUGAUGUAUCAGUCACAACAAUCGAACCAAAUACGUGGCGGAAGCCAGCCUGAGCGGAAAAUGUCGUCUAGUGGGGCGAAUAAUUCAUCUAAUGUGGCACAAACGUAUGCAACGAAACCACCGCAACCUAUGUCGGGCUCCAAUCAAGGAAGCAUGGUUAAUCAUCAGUAUGGCGGAAUAAUGCCUAUCCGACAAAAUUGAGCUUUCCUGGCCUUUGUUGGAAAAAGUAAUGUACGUUGUUUUGGAAAUAAAUAAUUUAGGAAAUAAAAUAAUACCGGAAGUAGAGAUCUAAACUAGUAAAUUAAAUAUAUUUUGCAUUGCGAAAAAAGGGAAUCACUGCAAAAGGCAAUAAAUACGACAGACCUAACGUGUCGAAUUGAUAGAUCCUGCUAUACCAUUAGUUAAGAGGUUUAUAUUAGAAUAAUUCCACUAAACCAAUAUUUCAAUAGUGCUGAACCAUUUUGAAAUAUUGGUUUGUUUUGCCACUUGUGCCAAAUUUGUGAUCAUUUCCAUAAGAAAUUGUGUGUUCCGAAAUAUAAAGAAUUACUACCACCAAAUGUUUCCAAUUCUAGAGAAUAAUUUAAGUUUGUAUAUAAAAUAGAUUAAGUAAACUGACUGAUCGAUUGAGAAGAUUUGUUUUCGGUUAAUAUUUAAUGGUAUAUGGAAAUCACUUUCAAUUGAACUCUAUAAUUAGUUACAUGUUCAGUAUGUAUAAUUUAAGUUCUGCGUCGUGAAAAAUAAGAGGAAAAUAAUAAUUUAAUUUAUAUUUACAUUUUGGAUAAAAUUAGUCUGAAAUUCAGCAGAGUUUGUUUAGUGUAAAGCCGAUUUCACACUGUCUACCUUUAUAAUAAAAAGUGUAUACUCGAAUAAGAAAAUGACUGCUUUUAAUGAAA